AUUAUUACCCCCUAACCCCUAUGAAUGGAUGCCCAAAUGAAUGUUUCUUGUGCGUAUUUGAUUUUCGCCAUUCUGGCGCUGACGGUAAAGGUAAGAAGUGGUGGUGGUGGUGAUUUGAAUUAAUAAUGGAGAUUGUUUUAAUCGUCAAGUACUUCAGCAGGCGCGUUUUAUGCGGAAUGUAGCAAAUGCUGCCAUUUCCAAGUUAAGACCUAUCCAUUUAUAUAUAGGUCAGUGAGAGACAUGAGAUAGUAAAAACUGUAUCUGUGCACCACUGAAUCUGUCUGAAUUCUUAAUCUGACGUAUCUGUGAUACGAUUUACGCCAUAUUGUUUUGCGUUUGCGCGGUGGUCUUGACUUGUUUCCCUGAAUCGAUACGAAAUGCAAAUAUUUGUAUUGCUAUAGUGGUUAAUCCAUAGUGAUUCAGUGAUAAGUUCAAACCGAUUACUGGCUACUUUCCAAAAUAAUAGGAGUUAAAUUGAAGAUGUGAAAUAAAACAGUAGGAAUAUAUAUUUUUAAAACAUUGAAAAAAUGCAUCGUAGAGGCGGGAAACGUAUCCGUAUGGAUGAUCCUCCUCCGGAGUAUGUCAACCCAAUGACACCGGCAACUCCUAUGACUGACUAUGGUGGCCAAUCAGUUCAUGAACCGGAGACGCCUCAUCCGAAUUAUUCAGGGUUUAAAAUUGGAACAGCAGCCAAUUCUACAGCAGUGGAGGCAGCUAGAGAGGAAGUGGAGGAGCAUCAGGAAGAAGACGGUCGGUCUCCAUCGCCGGCGCCCACUAAACGCAUUACCAGAAGUCGUGGUCGAGGCGGCGACGGCGGGUACGUGGGCCGCCUGGCGGAGUCACCGCCGCCGCCACCACUACGCAGACGCGGGCGCGGAGGGCGAGGGCGCGGGCGCGGCCGGGGCGCGGCGCCGCCACCCGCUUCGUCUCCACCGCCUAUCCUUAUGCCUGGCGAUGAUGAGAAUAGCCUCUAUAAUAUUUUGAGAUUUAAUAAGGCUGCUAUUAAUCAAGUGGUAGAUAUGUGGAUAGAGGAAUACAAGACCAACAGAGAAAGUGCUCUGGUGCAGCUGAUGCAGUUCUUCAUCAAUUCCUCUGGCUGCCGAGGAAAGGUCACCCCGGACAUGGCCUCAAUGGAUCACACACUCAUUAUUAAGAAAAUGACUCAAGAGUUUGACGAGGAAAGUGGUGAAUAUCCUUUGAUAAUGAGUGGACAAACAUGGAAGAAAUUUCGCUCCAGCUUCUGUGAGUUUAUCCAGACGCUAGUGAAGAUGUGUCAGUAUUCUAUCAUCUACGACCAGUACCUGAUGGAUAACAUCAUCUCCUUGCUGACGGGUCUGUCUGACUCUCAAGUGAGGGCGUUCAGACACACCGCCACUCUCGCAGUGAUGAAGCUGAUGACGGCGCUGGUGGACGUGGCGCUGCUGACGAGCGUGAACUGCGACAACUGCCUGCGCCAGUACGAGGCGGAGCGGCUGAAGGCGCGGGACAAGCGCGCCUCGGAGCGCCUCGAGGUGCUCGUCGCCAAGCGCCAGGAGCUCGAGGAGAAUAUGGAGGAGAUCAAGAACAUGCUCUCUUAUAUGUUCAAGUCCGUCUUUGUGCACAGAUACAGGGACACCCUGCCUGACAUCAGAGCAAUCACAAUGGCUGAAAUAGGCAUUUGGAUGGAAAAGUUCCCAGCGCACUUCCUGGACGAUCUGUAUCUCAAAUACAUCGGCUGGACACUGCAUGACAAGGUGGGUGAGGUGCGGCUGCGCUGCCUACAGGCGCUGCAGCCGCUGUACGAGUGCGAGGAGCUGAAGGGCAAGCUGGAGCUGUUCACCUCCAAGUUUAAGGACCGCAUCGUCUCCAUGUCGCUGGACAAGGAGACGGAGGUCGCAGUUCACGCAGUCAAACUUGUCAUCGCCAUACUCAAGAUGCACCCGGACAUGUUGGUGGACAAGGACUGCGAGAACGUGUACGAGCUGGUGUACUCGUCGUGGCGGUCGGUGGCGGCGGCGGCGGGCGAGUUCCUCAACGUGCGGCUGUUCCGCAGCGAGGAGCCCGCCGCCGCCCCGCAGCGCUCGCGCCGCGGCAAGGUGCGCCUGCCCAACACCCCGCUGCUGCGAGACCUCGUCCAGUUCUUCAUCGAGUCCGAGCUGCACGAGCACGGCGCCUACCUGGUGGACUCGCUGAUAGACUCCAACCCAAUGAUGAAAGACUGGGAGUGCAUGACGGACCUGCUGCUGGAGGAGCCCGGCCCUGACGAGGAUCCCCUUGACAACAGACAGGAGUCGUCGCUGAUCGAGCUGAUGGUGUGCUGCGUGCGGCAGGCCAGCACGGGGGAGCCGCCCGUCGGCCGCGGCCCCGCGCGCAAGAACCAGCUCCUCUCCAAGGAGCAGGCCAAGAUGGUGAACGACGAGCGCGCGCGCAUGACGACGCACUUCAUGGUGGUGCUGCCGACGCUGCUGGAGAAGUUCCGCGCCGACCCCGACAAGCUGGCCAACCUGGUCGCCAUCCCGCAGUACUUCGACCUCGAGCUGUACACCACGCAGCGCCAGGAGGCGAACCUGACGCUGCUGCUGAACAAGAUCCGCGAGAUAGUGCGCCAGCAGACCGAGUGCGAGGUGCUGGAGACGUGCGGGCGCACGCUGGAGUACCUGUGCAGCGAGCAGUGCGCCGUCUACUCGCGCUGCAAGGUGGCGCGCGCCACCAUCACCGACAUGUGCGUCGACAAGUACCGGGAGGCCAUCGACGAGUUCCGCACGCUCAUAGAGGGGGGGGAGACGCCGGACGCGGACGAGCAGUUCAGCGUCACCAACUCGCUGCGCAAGGUGUCCAUCAUGUACAUGUGCCACAACCUGAACGAUAACAACAUCUGGGACUCGCUGUUCGAGGACCUGCCCAAGUGUCUCGACAAGGACGACCCGAUGCCCAAGCUGGCGCUCGUGUACGUCGUCCGCGCCUGCUUCUACUCCCUGCUGUGGUCGCUGCACGAGCUCGAGGAGCGCGGCACCGGCGCCGACCUGCUGCGCGACCGUCUGCACGGCUACUGCGCCCACUGCCGCGACAUCGUCGCCCGCGGCACCACCGCGCAGCUGCGCAGCGAGGCCUACACGAGCAUCUGCGACCUGCUGAUCCUGUUCGCGGAGCAGCUGCACUCGCGACACCACCCCGGAGACGAGCGCUACCGCCGGCUGGUGUACGAGCCCGACGCCACGCUCUGCGACCUGCUCAACGACUUCAUACAGGAGUUCGUCUUCGUGCUGCCCAACUACGAAAACCAAGACGAGAGACGCAUCGAGGAGCUGCACAAGCGCCGCAACUUCCUGGCCGCCUACUGCAAGCUGAUCGUGUACAACGUUAUUCCCAUCCGUCGCGCCGCCGACGUCUUCAAGCACUACAUCAAGUGCUACAACGACUACGGGGACAUAAUAAAGUGCACGGUGAGCAAGACGCGCGAGAUGAGCAAGCUGAACUGCGCGCUGACCAUGCAGCUGGCCAUGCAGGCUCUCUUCUCCGACAUGCUGCGUCACCAGCCCGCGCCGCACCGCGCCCUGCCCGACCUCGUCGAGAUCAAGGAGCUGGCGAAGAGGUUCGCGGUGAUGUUCGGGCUGGACGCGGUGAAGAACCGCGAGGCGCUGACGGCGCUGCACCGCGCGGGCAUCGCGUUCGCCGCGCUGGAGGGCGCCGGCGCCGGGCCCCCGCCCAACCUGCUCUUCCUCGAGCCGCUCUCCGAGUUCUCCAACAAGCUGCUGCGCCAGGACAAGCGGCAGGUGCUCAAGUUCCUGGACUCGCGACUGCAGCCGACGUCUGCGUGGCGCGAGGAGUGGUCCGCGCUGCAGACCUACCGCGGCUCGCUGCUCUCCGACGCGCCCGACGACCGCCCGCCGCCCCCCGCCCGCCGACACUACACCCGCCGCGCGCGCGCAGGCGCAGGCGCAGGACACAACGAGGAGGAGGAGGGCGAGGAGCACGCGGACUCUGACCAGGAGCAUCCCGGGUGAGGCGCUGCUCCGACACGACACGACACGACACGACACACGACACGACACACGACACACACCUCACCUCAUUACACCGAUGUCAGUGCCUUUACAUUACAAAUUAGUUUGAUACGUUUUCUGAAAUAUGACGACGAGGUUAUUUAUAUUCAUGGUGGGGCUAUAUGUAAGUAACACUUGAGCUUCGUCGUUUGGAAUCAUCAAAAAUAGAUCGUAAAGUACACAUAAAAUGUUAUAUUAAUUUUGAUAUAAUUGAGGAUGUUACAAAUAUUCUCGCUCAACUCAUCAAUAUGUCAUCAAUGUGGUAACUUAUAUAAAGGUAAAGGUAUAUUUAGUGCUUGUUAAAUAGUAUAGAGAUGAGAUGAAGGCGGUGUUUGUUGCUGCUGCUGUGCUGCUGCUGCGGCCAGCGGCUG